AUGUAUGUUCAUAGGUGUCGUUUCGUUGAAUAUAUGCCAGCAGCUAUUAAUGCUCUUGCAUUUACACCAAGUACUACUAAACCAUUGAUCGCAUGUGGCCGAGCUAAUGGGGAUAUCGAAAUAUGGAACCCACUUAAUUUGCACCUGGAAAAGAGAAUAUUAGGUGAAUUAAAUACUUCUGUGGAAGCAAUUAUAUGGGCACAUAAAAUAACUUUAACGGAAGCGGAUAAGAUAACUUAUAAUACACAAGCUAAACAGGAUAAAGCUUUAAAAGAGUUAACCAGUAAACCACCAAGAUUAUUUUCUGCAAGUGCUAACGGGUUGAUAGCGGAAUGGGACACGAUAAAAUUAAGUUGUAAGAAAUUCAUUGAUUCACAUGGAGGAGCAAUUUGGUGUAUGGCUGUUAAUCACGCGAAUACAUUAAUUGCUGUUGGAUGUGAUGAUGGGGGUAUACGGAUAUUUAAGAUUAUCGAUGAUGGACUAUCUUUAAUCCAUAAUUAUGACAGAAAGCAAGCAAAAGUAAUGUCUUUAGCUUGGGAUAUGGAAGACAAACAUAUCGUAUUUGGAACUUCAGAUAGUAAGAUAAUAAAAUGGAAUGUUGAACAAGGACGAGUAAUACAUAGGAUGACUGUAGAAAAAAAAUCACAGAAAGAAACUAUUGUAUGGGCAAUUCAAGUGCUCAAUGGCGACUCACUCGGUCACGUAUGUUUUUGGGAAGGAACAUUUGGAACUAUGAAACAAAAACUUGGAGCUCAUGACGCCGAUGUUUUAUGUCUGGCUUCGAAUCUCAAUGGUACAGCGAUUUAUUCUUCUGGGAUAGAUCGAAAAUGUUUUGUAUAUCGGAUUGUGUCUCAACCAAAAUCAUAUAGUAAAGAUAAUUCAGUACCAAAUGAAAGACAUUGGGUAAAAGUGGGGUAUAGCCGUCAUCAUAUGCAUGAUGUGAAAGCUCUCGCGAUAUGUGAAGGACGAGAUGUAAAUUCUUUAAUUUCUGGUGGUAUUGAUACAACUAUGGUUGUCGCGCCAAUUUUAAAUUUCCCUAAAAAUAAAUAUCAUAGGCUACCUUUUGUUCCAUUGAAACUUAUGAUCAGUAUGUCCAAAUCUAAACAAUUAAUUAUGUUCUAUUGUAAUAAUCAAAUAAAAAUUUGGAGGUUGGGGAAAGCAAAGUUACCGAGGUUGUAUCAAUUCGAACAAAAGGUUCCUCGUUUGGAGUUAGUAGAACCUCAACAAGCUAUUUUAGAAAUAACAUUAAAGGUCUUUUAUUUAUUACCAGUAUCUGACAUUGAACGUAUCAAGUUAUUCAAAGUUCUUGAAGACGCAAGUCAUUUAAGGGUACGUAAAAUAAAUGAUUUUCCACAAAUAACUAUAGACGGACGAAAUGUUGGAUCUAAUUUAUUAGGGCUCACACCAGACGGAAGUAAACUUGUGGUAGUUUUUAUGAAUUCAGAAAUAGUAAUAUAUGGACUUGAUAUUGAAGUAGGGGAUGAAGUUGAUGUCACAGUUUAG